UCACCUGUAACUGACAACUCUCUCUCCGAGAUAAUUCAAACUCCAACCAUCGUCAUCGUCAUAAAAAAUAAAAAAUAAAACGAUUCUCUUUAGAGUUUUGGUAAAUUGGGGCUUGAAUUUGUCAUCUUCACCGAUUCCGGUAGAAAUGAAGUUGAAGAUCAACAAAGCCUGCGAUCUCAGCUCCAUCUCUGUUCUUCCUCCUCAUACAAGGAGACCGAGCCUGGCGCCGAGUGGACCACAAUCAUCACAGCUUAGAUCACAGCCAUCACAACAGUCAUUCUCACAGGGGAUUUCAUCUCAGCAUGCCUUGUUUUCUCAGAUCUCGCAAAGCUCACUCGAAGAAGUCGUGACAACUGACCAGAGAUAUGGUUCUCAAGAACGAGAGAAUUCUGUGAAGAAGUUUUCUUGCUUGCCUCCAACCAACUUUACAAGAGACGAUAGUCAAAUGCCAAUUUCAAAAACUUCCACCAACCUAAUACGCAAAUGGAAUUCGGCUUCUACUCCAGAACACAGAUGUCAAUCUUCUCAAGAACUUGAGCACCGGCUUUCAAUGGUUGAAACUUCAUUAAAUAGAUUUGGAAUGAUCUUGGAUUCUAUUCAGAGUGAUGUAAUGAAAGUGAAUAAAGGAACGAGAGAAGUGCUGCUGGAGAUGGAAAGGAUAAGGCAGAAGUUGGUUGCUGAAGAUACCUUCUUACAGCUACUGAACAAGGGACAAGAAGAUAUUAAAGCCAGCCUUGAUGGAGGCAUGAAAGCUAUAUCAGAUCAACUAAACAAGGAUAUAUACCGAGACAAGUUACAACAGAUUUUCUUGGUGCUUUCUGCAUUGCCAGAACAGACAGAAGCUUCUCUACUCAAAUUACAAAAAGAGAUUUGCAACACCUUCACUAACGUAGUAAAGGGAAUUGCUAGCAAUGUGGAGUCUCUCGGCCAAAAAGGUCCAGUUGGUACUGCUCUUCUACCUAAGUGUACUGGCUGUGCGACCCCACAAAGCAAGCCACAGCCAGUUAUGAAGCAAGCUGUGCCUCCAAAACCCACUUUAGCUCCAAAGGUAGAAACAGGAGGCUGGAAAUCUGUAAAAAUGAAACAAUCUACUAUCAAUGAAAGGGCAUUCUGUAAAGAGAACAAGAGGAAAGGACUUUCUUCCAUUGAGCAGGAAAAAUACAGAAUCUUAAUUGAAUCGGAUGAAGAGAUGGAUGGAGGCUUUUCCUGCUUGCUUGAUGACAAGGAAACAAAAGACAGAACAAACUGUUUGAUAAAGGAAGCUACGGAAGAGACAGAAAGGAUUUUGAAGAAAGCUAGGAGGCGAAAGAGAAAGAGCCAGAAUUUCAUAAUUAUUAAUUGAAGUUUUUCAGAUGCUAGAUAUCUCCAUGUUGUGAUGACCCAUGGAAGAACAUUUGGAGGUUUUCGCUGAAGCUUCCAGUGCAAUUGGUUGCCAGUUUGGGCAACCUCUCGAUUUAUUGGUACAUUUUUUAGCGACGUCCAGUUGCUACAUGCAAAUGUUCCUCCGUAUUCUUUUUGACCUUUGUAAACCUUUUUGUAUCAUUAGCAUUUGACUAGUUAGUUUGCCAUUUUUUUUCCCUGUGGAUAUCUGAUGAGAGUGCAGUUUGCUCAUAGUAUGAGCAACAUUGGUGCA